AAGAGAAAGAUAUAAAUCCCGUAUGGUAGGAUAGCUCGAAUAAUUUGAAUAUGGCGGAAAAAGAUGUGUCCGCGCGGCGAACAGUGCUGCCAGCACGGAAGUAUACGGUGACGCUAUGCUCAGCUUCGCUCCCUCCAAAACCCGCGCGUACAUUGGCAACAUUGUUUUUUGGUAGUUUACAAAUAAAAUGGCCGAUAUAUGAGGCUAUUUUGUAUGGACAAUAAAAUAUGGAAUUUUGUAAAAUUAAUGACGGUCGGUCGCGUACAUGUGCGAGUUAACGUGGAAAAGCCGCGUCGUAAAGUACGGUAAAAUAUCGUGGAGUGUAAGUGAGCGUGUGGGAGUGCCGUUAGAGAAAGGUGGAGGUUGUCUUCGAAGACCCGUGGACGCCGCAGGCCCGAGAAGACCGAUAGGAAGAAUCGGUGAGGCGGUACGAUCUAGAGAGUACCGUGGGGACCGCCGUAUUAAUUUCGGUGGCGCACGGUGGCGCGGCAAACUAUAGAAAAACACGGCUCUAGAAUAGGCGAACUCGGGUUCUGCGGGUGCACACGGGGCCCCCUCUGCCGCCUGCACCAAAUUUUCGGGGACCCUCGCCUCCGCCACCCGGAGGCUGCGUGCGUCGGAGCCAGAGGGGACGAAGCGCGCCAACAUAGAAUUUCGAACCAUUUACAUAUCGUAUGCCACGCAUGACCACCACGAGGUCUCGAUAGACCCCUGGUGCUCCUUUAUCACAUACUAACUUGGGACUGUCUGCGAGUACUUUCAAUGAUCCUGGUAUUACACUCAUAAGUGAUCGGUUACAUCUUACUCGGACAGAUAUGUUACCCAAAUGGAGAGCAUUGGUACGGAGGAUGCGUUGACAGAGACAGAGGGGCCUACCGAUAUAGCCUCCAGCCAAAACAACCCCUCCAUCGUUACCCUUGCAAAUAUGUGUACAACCCCUGGCAACGCUGGCGCAGGAUUCGGGUAUGCCUGGUCCUUUGGUGGGCCUGGUACCGAAACCCGAGAGAACGCACAGAGCGAGCUCGCUACCAAUAUUAGUUACGCCGUUAAUAACAAUCAGGACCAAGGUUCCAGUCAAAAGAUACAGGUCGAUAUUAAACCGGCAAAAAACGUUAAUAGUGCUCAUCGCAGACCUAUGUUCGCUAUGAACGAAAGUUGUCAACAAACUCCAACUACCCACCACGGUCACACAGGCGGAGCUCAUAAUCAAACGCAUGGUUCUCACGUUCGCACUAAAAAGCAUCACGACGUUUUUCCAUUGAAUUGUGAAAAGGGAGGCUGUCAGUGUGACGCUUCGCAACCAACGCCUCCACCCUCUCUAUUUUCAAAUACCUUAGUUUUUACUACAGCCGACAAGCAUGCCAUGAGUAAGCAUUUCAUGACACCGCUUGGACCUUUGCAGCUUACUGCAGAAGAGUGCAAUGAAAUUUUAAUGAAAAGGGCAGCAGCUGCAUCUAAUCAAGCAAAUGCCAACAAUGUUACUACCAGUCAAACGGACGGCACAGCUCACUUUGGACACGUAUUGACUCAUGUAAACACUACUCAAAUCGAGACUAAAGUUAAGCAACAGCAAGAUAUGGGGAGCCAAGUUCGUGUACCUAAGGAAAGACCAUAUUCUUGUUCCGAAUGUGGGAAGUCAUUUUUACUAAAGCAUCAUUUAACGACGCAUGCAAGAGUACAUACAGGAGAAAGACCUCAUAUAUGCGUUCACUGUGGCAAGAGUUUCGCUCACAAACAUUGUCUUCAUACCCACUUGCUGUUACACAGUGCAGAAAGACCUUAUCAAUGUCGAGAAUGUAAAAAGUCCUUUACGUUAAAGCAUCACCUUGUAACGCAUACUCGGGUACACACGAGAGAGAGACCAUUUGUUUGCCAGGAAUGUGGAAGAGCGUUUCCUCUUAAACGCCAUUUAGUCACCCAUAGUAAAUUUCAUUCUGGAGAAAGGCCAUUUGUUUGCGAAGAAUGUGGAGAAUCCUUCUCGCAGAAGGAUCACUUGACGAUGCAUUCGCGCUUCCACGGCAGUUUACAUCCAUUUGUUUGUCAUGAUUGUGGGGCUACGUUUCAAAGGAAGUUUGAACUAGUAAACCAUGGUCGGUUACACGGUAGAAUUCCACAUUCGUGUACUGUUUGUGGUAAAGAAUUUUUACAGAAGAGAACGCUAUUAGCACACAUGCGUUUACAUACAGGAGAGACACCUUUCGCUUGCACCGUUUGUGGAGAGGCAUUCCCGCGUAAAGUAGAUUUAGUUACGCACUCCAAGAUUCACAAUAACAAUACGAGUACAGAUGAGAAAUCUCUUACAUGCAGGGAGUGCGGAUUAGAUUUUCCGAACAGAGAAGCCCUUACCUUACAUUUAAGGCUACAUUCUGGUGAUCGAACGUUAGUAACGGAUUUGUGUGGGUUAGCAGCUGCCUUCCAACAAACUCCUGGACACUUCCUAACUCCAAAUACUCCUGGAACCCACCAGAUGAAUGGACCUAUCGGAACGCCCGGUGUUAGCCACAUGCAUGGUGCAACGCAAACGUCGCCACCAGUUGGUUCGGGUCCUAAACCAAAACCGCAUAUUUGUCCUGAUUGUGGCCGUGGGUUUGCUCAGAAGCACGGACUGUCGCAACAUCAACGACGCCACACGGACGGCAGUUGUCAUAUAAGGUCACACGUGUGUGACAAGUGUGGAAAGGCUUUCUUCCAGAAGAAUCAUUUGUUAUUACAUCAACGUCAGCACAUGGAUCCUCCGCCGAGUAUACUUCGGCAACAACAGAGACAAGCGGCGCAAGCCGCUGCUCAACAAGCUCAACAACAGCAAGCGCAGCAACAGCAACAGGCGCAGCAGCAACAGCAGGUCCAGCAGCAGCAGCAAGCGCAGCAGCAGCAGCAGGCGCAACAGGCGCAGCAAGUGCAACAACAAGCGCAACAGCAACAGCAGGUUCAGCAGCAGCAGCAGCAGCAACCACAGCAGCAGCAGCAAACGUGUACGGUCGAUACUAAAACAAUUCAGUUGCAAGCAAUACAGCAACAAGUUCAACAACAAGUCCAGCAACAGGUACAACAGCAGCAGCAGCAGCAGCAACAACAAGCGUGUUCCGUGGACACAAAAGCAAUACAGUUGAAUGUCACCAUGUGAGACGGUUUAAAGCGAAGGGACUGGAAAGUCCCCGGAACAAUAGCACUCCCAAAUGCGCACCCUGCUGCCACCCUCUGCACGCACUUCUCUUGUACUAACAUAACGUAUUAGAUAUAUUUAUUAUCUAUAGAGUCGAGUACGAAGUAAUCAAUUUUAUUACAAGAGUAUAUAUACAAAGUAUACAUAUUAUUAUAUUCUAAUAAUGUAAGGCUUGUAACAAGAAAAUAAAAA